UCUUCUUUGUUCUCGAUGGGGACCAAUGUGAUCUCACCUUUUGUUAUAAGAGGCUUCUUUCAUCCAAUUCCAGCCCGACUGUCUUGAUCCUGCUCGUCUCGAUCUAAACUCAAUCUUACAGCUUGAAACCGACCAUCACCGACUUGGACCGGAACAGUGCAACUCAUCACUCCAUCUGAAAAAAAAAAAAGAGAAACCCAAAACCGAUCCCGUUCAGUAUCUCUUCAAGCUUUGACUUGGCCAGCAAUUCAAUUCAAACUGUGAAAGAGAACCAACCAAGAACAAGGAAGACAGACAGAGAGAGAGAGAGAAGAGAGGGUCCAAGAAAGCAAGAAAGCUCACUCUUAUUUAAAUUACUAAAAUUAGUCGCUGGUCCCUUCUACCCCCUCCACCACAAGCUUAAGACUGCUCGCUGUCUCUCUCGACAAACUCCACAGUUGUGAAUAUCACAAUCCACAACACUUCUCGGCUUUUUGAUCCUCAUAAGCAUAGCCAUAGACUCACCCCCCCACCUCCCCAUUAGCUCAUCAGAACCUCCUAGCUACAACUCCUCAGAAAAAACCCAAAAAAUUCAAAGUAAGUAAAGAGAAAACAAUCAGAUACUAGAAAUUGCUCUCUCACACGGGAAUAUCAUGGGCAAGCUCAGCAGCAGCUUCCACUUACCCUCGACUCUGACACUGGGGCCGGAACCUACGGGAGCGGUACGGACGCUAAAACGACGGAUCCUCUCCGUCCUCGUCGUUCUCUCCAUCUCCGCCUCCCUCUUCUUCCUUACGCCCAAGGCUCUCCGAAAGCCCUCCUUCUCAUCCACCAAGUUUUUCCGUCUGUCGCACUCCCUAGGCCCGGUGGUCAUCAAGCCCGUCGAAAUCCAGUAUGAUCCUCGUCUCUUCGGACUCGACGCACCCGUCGAAUGGUACAAGGCCUCCCUCGCCUCCGCCAUCGCCUGGACAAAUCCUUUGCGCUGGCCCAUCCUCUUGACCUCAAGCCGUCUUCUCAGAGCUACCAAGCCCCUCAGCUUACGUGUUUUCCCUCGGGUCAUCCAACUCGAAAGCCAUGCUCCCAGUUCCUCCGACCUAAUCUUUGGUAUGGCAACAACAGCCCAACGAGCAAGUGUUCUUUCAGAGCUAUGGCCGGUCUGGCUAGGUGCGAAAGACGACGAAGGCGAAGCACCUCUGGCCGUAGUAGUUCUCCCGCAAGAGGACCAUGACGGAGGGGCACAAAGUGCCGCAAACGUGCUCUCAGAGAAAUUGAAGACUGAACGCGGCCUAGACAACGUGCUCCUGACGACCAGCUGGCUCGGCCAAUCGGCCCGAUACGAGCUGCGAUACUUUGGGAUGCUGCGGGACAUGAAUGAGGCUGCCCGGCAGGCCGACAGGGAGCCGCUCUGGUACAUCGUGGGCGAUGACGAUACACUGUGGACCGACGAAAGGAUGCUUCGGCGGGAACUUAGCAAGUAUGACCCCAGCCAGUCUUGGUUUUUGGGCGCUUCUUCCGAGGGAGUCUCUCAGAUCCAGCAGUUUGGAAACAUGGCUUUCGGCGGGGCCGGGAUUAUCAUAUCCCGAGGCCUGUGUAAGGAGAUGCUCAAGAUCCAUGCCGACUGCGUGGAACAAACUAAGGAUGUGUUUGGAGGCGAUGAGAUGUACUCUCUGUGUGCAGCACGCGCGGCUGGACAUGGUAAGACGAAGGAAACCGUCGUCACUCAAAUCAGUUCCCUUCAUCAGUUGGAUUUGCCCGGCGAUGGCACGGGCUUCUUCCAAUCCGGCUUUCCAUUCCUCUCGCUUCACCACCUGUGGCACGGAUGGACGGAUGCCUUUGCACGAGAACACCAGACGAGCUUUGACAGGCCGGACAAUGCGCUGAACCAUUUGCUGCUCCUACAACAAGCGGCGCGGAUCCUGGGCGGAGACAACUUCAUGCGACGGGCGAUAUACGACGAUGGACGAGAGCUCGUCACGUUGGGAUACACGGUGACCCGGUUCGAUGUGCCUUUGCGGCGCGAAGACAUGCAGACGAUCGAGAAGACCUGGUCGGGCGACUCGGACUUCCCGCUCCGCUUCCCUACCCGCCCGCGCAUCAUCGAGACCGACCAGUCCGGAACCGCCGGCAAACGUACUUUCUAUCUCUGCGAAAUUAGGUUCAAUAAGGCCUCCCCUAAUGUCUUCUCCUUCAUCCAUCGUGAUCGUUGGGGAGAAUACGCUGUGAUCACUUGGAGGGAGGAUUGAUCUUACUCAAGUACACCUAGUAACAUUAUUAUUAUCUUUCUUUCUUUUAUAUUUAUAUAUAUACAUAUUUAUCUGAGGUAGCCGCGAUUACACCAAUUUGAAUAAAGUUUUUCUUUCUUUCUUUGGGAUUUC